CGCGGCUGGUCACUGGACCUUGACCGAUCCUCCAGGGCAGCUGGGAUUGGCACCUUGACGAUACUUGCAUCGCGUCAUCUCCUACAUCGCAUGUCUUGAAACACUCUAGGACGAUGAGCCGGGAAAAUUAGUUGACAUCCUGGAACGGGCCUGCCACGCGAACCAUGAACAACCUCCACGCGCCCACAGUUCCUUCGGGGCCGACCACGGCGCCGGCCACAAACGGAAAUGCUUCCCAGCUCACUAUUGCCGAACUCCAACGGAAAAAGGACAUCCUCGAAGGGGAGCUCAGGGCCCUCGGUGGUGUGCUCGAAUCGCACGGAGUUGACAUGAACACCAGCCUAUUGACUCCGGAUGGUUUCCCCCGCGCCGAUAUUGAUGUAGCACAGAUCCGAACAACACGAGCGCGCAUCAUCCGCCUCCGUAAUGACUGGAAGGACUUAAUGGCCCUCAUCGAGAAGCGACUUCAUGAGCACUUUGCGAGCAUCGCAGACAACGAUGACGAACCCGCUCCUCCUGUCAGCGCCGACAACGCCGCCGUGAGAGAUUCGGUCCCCGAAACGCUCGACCAACCCUUUGCCAAAGUCAAUACCGUGUCAGACAACAGCCCGGCCGCGGCCGCUGGUCUCAAGCCAGGCGAUCUGAUCCGCAACUUUGGAUACGUGAAUAUCAACAACCACGACGGCCUGAAGAAGGUGGCCGAAUGCGUACAAGGCAAUGAAGGGCGAAACAUCCUCGUCAAGAUAUCAAGAAGCAGUGGGGCUGCUAGGCCACAGGAACUUCGGCUGACCUUAACACCGCGACGCAACUGGGGCGGCAGAGGGAUGCUUGGAUGCCAUAUCCUGCCGCUGUAACCUAACUGCGCGACUCCUCA